CGGCUAUCGGCUGCCUUUUCUAAGGAUGAGCCAGCUUUGCUUAUGGGUGACAUGCCAACCUUUUCAUGCUGCCAGUAUCAGAAGAAUCCUCACUGGUGCCUUCUUCAUUCUGGGCUGCUGGGGGCUCUCUGAUUUACAGAAGAGUUUUCUUCAAGAUCUGGAACCCAUGGAAGUACCUUCUCACUUUGGCCACCGUGCUGCUGAACUCACAGGCCAUCCUUCCUCCCACCUCCAGAGGCUGAGAUGGAGAAGGACUUUGGGGGAUAUUCUACACCUGGAGCUAAUGGUGGCUGUAGGCCCCGAUGUCUACCAGGCUCACCAGGAGGACACAGAGCGCUACGUGCUCACCAACCUCAAUAUCGGCUCAGAACUGUUGAGGGACCCAUCCCUGGGGGCUCAGUUCCAGGUGCACCUGGUGAAGCUGAUCAUUCUCUCUGACUUGAAGAGUACUCCAAAUAUCACAGCCAACAUCACCUCAUCCUUGAUGAGUGUCUGUGAGUGGGGCCAGACAAUCAACCCGCACGAUGACAGGGAUCCAAGUCAUGCUGACCUGAUUCUUUAUAUAACCAGGUUUGACCUGGAGUUACCUGAUGGUAACCAGCAGGUUCGGGGGGUCACCCAGCUGGGGGGUGCCUGCUCCCCUUCCUGGAACUGCCUUAUCACCGAGGACACUGGCUUUGACCUGGGGGUCACCAUUGCCCAUGAGAUUGGGCACAGCUUCGGCCUGGAUCAUGAUGGUGCUCCAGGCAGCGGCAGCACCUGUGAAGCCAGUGGCCACGUGAUGGCAUCUGAUAGUGCAGUGCCUGCUGGAGGAGCCCUGGAGUGGUCCUCCUGUAGCCAAAGGCAGCUGAAGCAUCUGCUCAGCACAGGGCAAAUGCACUGCUUCUGGGACCCACCUGGACUGCAGUCAGGACUUACAAGGCACCAGCUGUUUGCUCAGCCUGGCCUCUACUACAGUGCAGAUGAUCAGUGUCGUGUGGCUUUCGGCUCAGGGGCUGUCGCCUGCACCUUCUCCAGGGAGGGUCUGGAUGUAUGCCAGGCUCUCUCCUGCCACACAGACCCCCUGGACCAAAGCAGCUGCAGCCGCCUCCUUGUUCCUCUCCUGGAUGGGACAGAAUGUGGUGUGGAGAAGUGGUGCUCCAAGGCUCGCUGUCGCUCCCUAGCUGAGCUUGCUCCUGUGGUGGCGGUACAUGGACACUGGUCUAGCUGGAGUCCCCAUAGUCCUUGCUCCCGAUCCUGUGGAGGAGGCGUGAUCACCAGGAGACGGUGGUGCAACAACCCAAGGCCUGCCUUUGGGGGACGUGCAUGUGUGGGUGAGGACCUCCAGGCUAAGCUGUGCAACACACAGGCUUGUGAGAAGACUCAGUUGGAGUUCAUGUCCGAGCAGUGUGCCCAGACAGACAGCCAGCCACUGCACCCUUCUCAAGGCAGUGCUUCCUUCUACCAUUGGGAUGCUGCUGUGCAGUAUAGUCAAGGGGACACUCUGUGCAAUCAUAUGUGCUGGGCUGUUGGAGAGAGCUUCAUUGUAAGCCGUGGACACAGUUUCCUAGAUGGGACCCGCUGUGUGCCAAGUUCUCCUCAGGAGGAUGGGACCCUAAGCCUAUGUGUGUUGGGCAGCUGCAGGACUUUUGGCUGUGAUGGCAGGAUGGACUCCCAGCAGGUUUGGGAUGCUUGCCACGUGUGUGGAGGAGACAAUAGCACAUGCAGUUCAUGGAGUGGUUCUUUCACAGCUGGGAAAGCCAGAGAAUAUGUCACGUUUCUGAGAGUUACCCCCAACAUGACCCACGUGCACAUCGUCAACCGCAGGCCUCUGUUCACACACUUGGCGGUGAGGAUCCAGGGGCACUACAUUGUGGCGGGGAAGACCAGCAUCUCGCCUAGCGUCACAUACCCUUCCCUUCUGGAGGACUGCCGUGUGGAGUACACAGUGACCCUCACUGAGGACCAGCUGCCCCACUUAGAGGAGAUUCACAUCCGAGGACCUGUCCAGGACGACAUGGAGAUCCAGGUGUACAGACGGUAUGGAGAAGAAUAUGGAGAGCUUACACACCCAGACAUUACCUUUACCUACUUUCAACCGAAGCAGCAGGCAGCCUGGGUAUGGACUGCUAUGCGUGGACCCUGCGCAGUGACCUGUGGAGCAGGGCUUCGAUGGGUGACCUACAGCUGCCAGGAUCAAACUCAAAACAAGUCAGUGAAGAGUGCCCAGUGCCAAGGAAGCCCACAGCCACAUGCAUGGCAAGAGCCCUGUGACUCUGGCCCCUGUCCCCCAUACUGGAUAGCUGGAGACUUCAGCCCAUGCAGUGUGUCUUGUGGCGGAGGCCUUCGGGAACGGCCAGUGCACUGUGUGGAGGCCCAGGAUGGCAUCUUAAAGACACUGCCGCCAGCCCGGUGCAGAGAGCUUGCCCAGCAGCCUGCAGUGGAGGUGGAAAACUGCAACCUCCAGCCCUGUCCCACUAGACAGGAGGUGUCAGGCCCUGGCCCUUGCAUGUCGUCCGCCUGUGAAGCAGAUCUCGCUCCAAGAAAUGUGACAUGUGUGCCCAGGGUGGGUGUACCAGAGGAGCCAGAAACUGCAAGUCCCUGCCUCACGGAUGAAACGUCACCUCUGCUGGAGCCCUGUUUCAGGACCACAUGUUCUCCAGUCUUGGGUCAGCUGGACACCGUGUCUCCAGGACAAGAGGCUCCAUCCCCAGUGGGCAGUGACAAGCCACAGGCUCAGGCUGUACAUGUGUGGACUCCUCUGGUGGGGUUGUGCUCCAUCUCUUGUGGGCGAGGUCUGAGGGAGCUACGUUUCCUGUGCAUGGAUUCUGUCCUUAAGAUGCCUGUCCAGGAAGAGCUAUGUGACUUGGCCAGCAAGCCCUCGAGCCGGUGGGAGGUCUGCAGGGCUAGCCCAUGUCCUGCUCGGUGGGAGACUCAAGUUUUGGCACCAUGCCCAGUGACUUGUGGAGGGGGACGAGUGCCACUGGCUGUCCGUUGUAUGCAGAUGGACCAUGGCCGCCCUGUGUCUCUACCUCAUUCCAAGUGCUGGCCAGUGCCUAGGCCAGGCCCCUUCAAGGACUGCAGCCCUGAGCCUUGUCCUGCUAGGUGGCAUCAUAAGCUGGCAGCCUGUAGUGUGAGCUGCGGGGGAGGGCUGGCACGGAGAAUCCUGUACUGUGCCCAGGCUCGUGGAGAGGAUAAUGAAGAGAAGAUCCUGCCUGAUGUCCAGUGCCAGGGCUUACCUCGCCCUGAACCUCUUGAGGCCUGCAGCCAAGAACCAUGUCCUCCCAGAUGGAAAGUCCUGUCCCUUGGCCCAUGCUCAGCCAGCUGUGGCCUUGGCACUGCCACACGAAUGGUGGCCUGCAUGCAACUUGACCAAGGCCAUGACAGUGAGGUGGAUGAAACUUUCUGUAAGGCGCUGGUGCGGCCCCAGGCCAUUGUCCCCUGCCUCAUUGCUGACUGUGCCUACCGGUGGCACAUCAGCACCUGGACAGAGUGCUCCGUCUCCUGUGGGGAUGGCAUCCAGCACCGGCAUGACACCUGCCUUGGACCCCAGGCACAAGUGCCUGUGCCAGCCAACUUCUGCCAGCACCUGCCCAAGCCAGUAACAGUGAGGAGCUGCUGGGCUGGGCCCUGUGCAGGGCAGGAGAUUCCCAGCUCACUGCCUCACAAGGAAGCUAUGCUUCCUAGCCAGACCCAGGCUGCUGUUACUGCUGCUUCUCCGAAGUGGUCCCAGCCCCAAGCCCAGGCCAGCACCCUCUUUCCAGCAUCCCAGUCUCUGGGGCUCAAGGAAAACCUGGAAGAGCCUGGUGUCUGUGGAAGGCAAUACCUGGAGCCCAAAGGAACCAUUGACAUGCGAGGUCAAGGGCAGGUAGACUGUGUGGUGGCCAUUGGGCGGCCUCUAGGUGAGGUGGUGACCAUUGAAGUCCUCGAGAGCUCCCUCAAGUGUGGUGCAGGGGAGCUGUUGCUGCUUUGGGGUAGGUUUACAUGGAGGAAGAUAUGCUGGAAGAUGUCUGGCAUGACUUUCAGCACCAAAACCAACACGUUGGUGGUGAGGCAACACCGUGUGCUGCCAGGACAUGGAGUGCUGCUGCAGUACCGGAGCCAACCAGGCCCUGGGACCUUCAACAGAGAUUGUGACAGGCAGCUCUUUGGACCUCAGGGUAAAAUUGAGAGUCCCCCACGGAGCCCAGACAGAAGGAAUGUAAGGAGCUGCCGGGUCUUCAUCAGCGUGGCCCCACAGGCCCGCAUUGCCAUCCGUGCCCUGACCAGUGACAUGGGCAUUGACUCUGAGGGGACCAGCGCCAAAUAUGUCUCGAUUAGAGAUAUCCACAGUCUAAGGACCACAACAUUCUGGGGACAGCAGGUGCUCUACUGGGAGUCCCAAGGCAGUGAGGCUGAACUGGAGUUUAGUCCUGGCUUCCUGGAGGUACAGGCCAGGCUCCAGGGUCAGUACUGGACUAUCCCACCGAGGAAACUGGAGCAGGACAACAGCCUGGCUCUGUCCUAGAUUUCUAUCCAACCAUGGAAAGAGAGGCAACUCCACACCUAAGGACCGUCCCUGGAGUGUACAACUCUAGCUUCUUGAGCUCUAAACGCCUGCCAGCCUUAGGGAAUCUCUUUUAGUGACCUUGUCCAGGUGCAGAAGAGCUGGACUGGUAGGUGAAGAUCGGAAAAGCAGCCCCAGCAUCCGUUCCCCUCGCCCUCCCGCUUCCCUGUUGCUAAUAAAAGAUACAGGAAACCUGA